UUUGACGUCCUCUCUGUAUUGCAAAAUUGCCACUUCUGGCGAGAGAACGGAUUAAUACUUUUUUUGUUAUAAUAUAAGACAACAAUAUUGAAGUGUUUGUAACAGAAGUGUUUCCGACUGUUUGACGUCCUCUCUGUAUUGCUAAUUUGCCACCUCUGGCGAAAGAACGGAUUAAUACUUUUAUUUGGUUAUGAUAUAAGACAACAAUAUUGAAGUGUAUGUAACGGAAAACUUGGCGAUGGGUCGACAAUUCAAAAUAUCGAUUUUGUUUUCAAUAAUUGCAAUAGUGAACGGAUAUGAUCUAGUUCAUGAUUUAAAAGAUCGUCAGAAGUCCGCAGAUCAAGCUUUAGAUUACAUGAAAAUCGGGUUGCAGGAAUUUAGUAAAGGUAUUGAAAAGAUGGUGAUGAAGAGACUUGAGGGAGUCGAAAACAUUGUUGACGAAAAUAUAAAACAAAUGAUAGGAAAUGCUACAAGGAACAUUGAAGAUCAAUCCACAGACCAAAGUGAAAAAAUCAGCGAAAAACUACUUUCCGCUUUAGUUGAUAAGAAAAUCAGUGACUUACUUUUCACAACCCAGAUCGAGCAGCGUCUUUUCAGACAGGAAAUGGUGUCCGUCACAUCCAUUUUAUUUGGGAAACUAGAAAAAAUCAGUGAUGUUAUUUCCGUAACUCAGACCGAACAACGACAUUUUAACGAGGAAAUUAAGUUUCUUUCAACUAAUUUAUCUGAGAGAAUCGAUCAGAAAAUCAGUGAUCUUAUUACCACGACACAGACCGAACAACGACACUUACGCCAAAAAUUUGACUAUUUUAUGACAAAUCUGACUAAAAAUAUUGAAGAAAAAAUCAUAGAUGUACACUCUACAACUCACACCGAACAGCAAGUCUUUAACAAGAAUAUCGAGUCUCUUUUAUAUAAUUUUUCUGAGAACGUUGAUAACAAAAUCAGUAAUAAGCUAUCUGCUAUUCAGACCGAACAACAAACAUUAAAACAGGAUUUGUUCUCACGUACAGACUAUCUGGUUGGAAAGGUCGACGAUAUAAGAAAUACGAGUAUGUAUUUGGCUGAGCAGCUUUUUUCAGGAGAAGCUAUAGAUAUGCUUAGAAACGUGGAAGUGAUCCGCCAAUAUCUUCUAAAGGCCCAUGACAUGGCAGGUACCGAUUGUGCGGACAUUUUGAAGAAAUAUCCCAACACCAGAUGGAAUAACGGCGUGUACAAUAUUACAGUUUCACCGAUUAAAUUCAAGGCUGUGUACUGUGAUAUGACCACUGACAACGGGGGAUGGACGGUGAUUCAGCAGAGAGUAAAUGGAUCGGUGGACUUUUACCGUAACUGGACGGAAUACAAGAACGGGUUUGGAUAUGCUGAUCACGAGUAUUGGAUUGGAAAUGACAUGCUACAUAGAUUGACAUCACUGAAGCCCCAGGAACUGCGAGUUGAUAUGGAGAGAUUCAACGGAGAAAAGGGAUAUGCUGUCUACUCACGGUUUUCUGUCGGGGAUGAGGCCAGUAAAUAUAAACUGGAGGUGCAGUGGGGGUACAGUGGGAAUGCAGGGAAUAGCCUUGAUUACCAUAAUAAUAUGACGUUCUCUACACCGGACCAGGAUAACGACGGGUACAGCGGUAACUGUGCCAACUACUACAGAUCGGGAUGGUGGUUCGACAGCUGUUACUACGCCAACCCUAAUGGGCAGUACACCGACUCUGAGAAAAAUGGUACUAAAUACAUUGUAUGGCAUCACUGGGAAAACUCGUACAUGUCUCUAAAAGCGAUCCAGCUGAUGAUUCGUCCUCGAGCCUGAUAUCUUAGUUUCACUGUAACCUCAUUAUAAAGCCAAGAAGAACUCUCUUUGUGUUGAUACGAUCAUUGUGAUAGAUCAAUGCUCAUCUUAAGCAUCGAUUUUGUUACAUCAUUAUGUAAACUCUCAAGCGUUCAUUAUAAAUGCAUUUAUUGAUUGCGAUGAGUUCAAAUAGAUUUAAUAAUGCGCUAUCAUAAUAGUGAUUGCAGAACAAUGUGUAAAUCUGGUAUUCAUAUAUAUAAAUAUAUAUUAAAUAUACCCAAGUAAUCAAAUUAUUCAUUAUGUUAUGUGGUGAUAACGAUUAUUAAAUCAUGUUUAUUGUUUUGUGGAAACCGCGGUGUAGCGCUCUUCUAUCUCAUUUAUAUUAUAGAAUACAUGCAUAUGUAAGCUAUUUAUAGUUAUCACGUGUUAAAAAACUUCUAUGACGUCACCCAUUGUUUUUAGUCAACGUUUAUUUUCACUAUUCAACCAGCAGGUGUUGGAUUUAUAAAUAUCCAACUGAUAGGAGUUGGAUAUUUUUAAUAUCCAACCGUCAAUCAGUUGGAUAUUCAAAUAUCCAACUGGGCAUUAAAAAAAGAAAACUGAAAAAUGUUGAAACGUGUAUUUCCAACAUGAUUCCAUAUUUAUAAAAUAGAAUUUUGUCAUCCAUAAAUGUAUAUCCGAUAAGCCACGAAUAAAUUUUUUGCAGAAAUUUCUCCUUUUUUUUAAUUUUGAUAGAUUCGGGAUCACACAUAAAUCACUUUCAUAAACUUUUAGACUUCCUCUUUGAACCUCGAACCAUAUCACUCCUUCUUAUUAGUUUAACAAUAUAGGAAAUAUUGUCGCACUAUGACUUCAUAAGACUCCUAUCAAUUUUUUAGAUAAAUCAUCGUCUGUUAAUUGACGUCAAAAUUUUGAUUUUUCUUUCGCCUUGUAAGUUUAAAAUAUCAUGCAUUCAAACGGUAUCCAUGUCUUUCCAGGAACUGUGGAUCUCUAUAUACAUAGUGCAAGUGUCUACUUUGCGUUAAAAAAUUCAUCUUCUAAAUCUAUGUCUGCUCAGUACAGCGGUAUCGUUUUCAAUAACUUGCGCACCUGUUCACUCGUCCAUGAUUAAAAAGGUGUGUUUGGUUAGGCUAUUGUGUAUGGUAUUGCUGGAAUUAUACUUUUGUAUGACAUCACAAUGGGAUAUAUGAAUGGGUCAAUGCUUUUUAGAGGCUCAAAUGGGGGAAAUUUUUUUUAAGUAGGAUAAAUAACGAGAUAGUGUUGAAUAGUUUAGAGAAAACAUCCCGUCCUCGGGCCUUCGGCCCUCGGAGGGAAUGUUUUCUCUAAACUAUUCAACACCAUCUCGUUAUUUAUCCAUUACAUAAUGCACCGAGGUGGUACUACUUAAUUUUAUAGCAAUGGCAUUUAUUUAAACGGAAAAUAAUAAGUUUUUGGUUUGAUUCAAAACAGUAGCUUAAUCUUGUGAUUUCGUAUAUAACUGUCAAAAUAGACGCUAAACUGUCCAUAUGCUUCCUUAAUUAACCUAUUCGCGGAGAUUAUAUUUUCGCAAAAACAAGUUUCUGUUGUUUUAUUGUACGUAUAUUUAAAAAUACAUUUGUUUUAAACUUGUUUUGCAACUUUUUUUUUUCUUUACAAUUGUUUAAUGUACCUUGGUUUUUUUUGCCUUGCUCUUGAACGCUAGUCCAACCAAUAUACUUGUAAGGAAGGUGACGUAUUCUGAAAUUACUCAUUCAACAGAUUUAAAAAAAAACUGAAACAGCAUUUUUUCUUUUUCUUUUAUUACAAUGGAAGUAUAAAUCUAUUUUUUUAAUUGAGUGAAAAUCGAAUUUUAGCAACUUUAUAUAAAACUUUAUAUACAU